UCCUUUCAUUUCGAUCGCGUCUUUGGACCAGAGGUCUCGCAGCAGGAGUUGUUUGACGAGGUUGCAUCUGGUAUCUUGUCCGAGGUGCUGAUGGGAUAUAAUUGUACCAUAUUUGCUUAUGGCCAGACUGGAACAGGAAAAACGCAUACCAUGGAGGGCGAUCUUGCUGUUCAAGGAAGUCCAGAUGCUGGGAUUAUUCCUCGCACUCUCUACAGUUUGUUUGAUACACUUGAAAGAGAAACUGCUGAAUACUCUGUUCGUGUUUCGUUUAUUGAACUGUACAAUGAGGAAAUCAAUGAUCUGCUAUCACCAGAGGAUGACAAUAGGAAACUUAAAAUAUUUGAUGAUCGAAAAGGAUCCACUUUAAUUCAAGGAUUGGAAGAAAUUCUUGUUAAAAAUGCUGCGGAUGUCAUUUCUAUUUUGCAAACUGGAUCAAACAGGCGUCAAAAGGCUGCGACAAAGCUAAACCACGUAUCAAGCCGUUCGCAUGGUAUUUUCUCCAUUACAGUCCAUACAAAAGAAUGCACGCCAGAUGGUGAAGAGCUACUCAAGGUUGGCAAACUUAAUUUGGUAGAUCUUGCAGGCUCUGAAAAUAUUGGACGGUCUGGUGCCGAAAAUAAACGUGCAAAGGAAGCUGGCAUGAUUAAUCAGGCAAUAUUGAUUUUGCUUAUUGAAGUAAUUGGCGCUCUUGUCGAGCAUAACUCGCAUAUUCCUUAUCGGGAAAGCAAACUGACUAGAAUUUUGCAAGAUUCUUUAGGUGGUCGUACAAAAACAUGUAUCAUUGCUGCUGUUUCUCCAGCCAAAUGCAACAUAGAGGAGUCGCACUCUACAUUAGACUAUGCCCACCGAGCAAAAAACAUUCGAAACAAGCCAGAGAUCAAUCAGCGCAUGACAAAAAAAGCUCUUCUUCGUGAGUAUAUCACAGAAAUUGAACGUCUUAAAUCGGAUCUCACUGUAAGUUUAUUUUGA